AUUUGACCCAACAAGCCUUUUGAUGCAUGCCGGGUUGUAUUAGCUGGGGAGACAAAUGAAGUUUCGCUUCUAUCCUGCACCCAAGAGCCGCAGCGAAGGAUAUCUGUGCAGCUGCAGCCCCGUUGGUGGGAUACAAAUUGUUCUCUCUAUAUAAAUGGUGGUUUGAUUUAACUGUUAGCUGCAACAAUGGCAUGAAAAAGAACCUUAUGAAAUAAAGACCUAUUCCAAUAGAAUAUUUCGCGUAUUUUUUUUUCUUUUCCCCUUUUCCCUUUUAGAUUCGAUCUUCAGCCAUCAUGGACUCCAUAUCAGAUGCCCUGGAAAAGGUACACCUCGAGAACCCACCACCGAAAAGAGAUCAGGUCGAGCUGCGAGAGGCUGAGGAUGAGGACAAUGAAGAGGAUAUUGAAGAAACAGCGCCGUUGAAUUCGUUUCCGUUCUUCGACCUUCCGUCCGAGUUACGUUUGCGCAUAUAUCACAUCCUUCUCUUUACCCCUCGCCGCAAGCGAGCGCAUCUACACACCAAGGGCAGUGUAGGAGCUUCCUCGAAGAAAAAUCCACCACUAUCUCCGACAUCUCACCGGAUCAACCUCUUCCUGGUAUCCCGGCGUGUGCACGAUGAGGCUUCCGACUAUUUCUAUACCACCCAGACAUUCCGUCUCUUCCCUUUGCAGGAUUAUUCCCGAAUGCCAACAGUCAGUAUGAUACCGCCUAGAUACCGACCCUCCAUCGCUACUAUCGAAUUAAUCCUAGGGUCCAGCUGGACAGCACCUCCCAGCUCUUGGAAAGUCAACCGCCGUCUUGGUCUGGAAGAAAUGGUUCGUGCUAAGACAUUUAAAGUGUUUAUUGAGGUCGAUCCUUCGCAUCCGGUAUUUGAAGGCUUCCGGAUUUCCAAGAACUUUUACACUGAGUUUUCUGGUGGAAUACUUCGCGAUGUUCUCGCCAAAAUGCCAAGCUUAGAAUAUGUGGAAUUUGACGGGUGGCCGUCCGUCCGCAAGAACGGGGCGUUGAUGCAGCGUCUACUUCGUGAAGCCAAAGCAGCCAAGAAGAAGAUUGCUUGGGGCCCCGAGCGCGGAUGGACAGACUGCGAUGAGGAAGACAUGGACAUUCCCAUGGUUUACGAACUGAAGUCGAUGCAGCGUGGUCGAGUCAACGAUGUUCCGCCUCACACUGAUUCGUUGUUCGGACCAUAAUCAUUACCGUGACCGGUCACUCGGUCUGGUCUAAUGUCUCUUUAAAUGAUACUGAAAGUAUAGAGUAGCUUAUAA